AUUCCCACUCUAGCUUUACAAUAUCUAUGGAUGUAAAAAAAUGCAGUUUUCACCCGUCGUGUUAAGAAAUUUUCGAUUUUAUUAGAAAAUUUUUGUGGAUGUUUCAUCUUUUAAACGACGGCACAAUUAAGUGCGGUUUCUAUUGAUUUAUUUCGUUAUACACACGGUUUGUUUAACAAAUUAAGAAAAUUUGGUAAUGUUCUCGGAACAACAAUUUGCGCCGACAAACUGCCACUGCUGAAAGGCCCUUACCCUGAAUUCCAUUUAUGUUUAGUGGGUAUAUCAACAAAAGUAAAGGUAAACUUUUGAUGAUUAUCGGAGAGCAACGAAUUAACGACAAAUCAAAAGAAUACCGCCAGUUAAGACAGCUUAAAAGACUGUGAACUCCUAACCGUUGCCACAGUUAAUAAUCUGAAGGACGGUUGGAGAUUUGAUUUGUAAAACACACCAAAGGCAUGUCAGAUAUCAUGAAUAUUGACAGCAUAAUUUCGCGAUUAUUGGAAGUGCGAGGCGCAAGACCCGGCAAAAAUGUACAAUUAUCAGAAAGUGAGAUAAGAGGUUUAUGUUUAAAAUCCAGAGAGAUAUUUCUAUCUCAACCUAUACUAUUGGAACUCGAAGCGCCAUUAAAAAUAUGUGGUGAUAUUCAUGGCCAGUAUUACGAUUUAUUGCGUUUAUUUGAAUACGGCGGAUUUCCUCCCGAAUCUAAUUACUUAUUCCUGGGGGACUAUGUUGAUCGCGGCAAACAGUCUUUAGAAACAAUAUGCCUACUAUUGGCUUAUAAAAUAAAAUAUGCUGAGAAUUUUUUUUUGCUGCGUGGCAAUCAUGAAUGCGCCAGCAUUAAUAGAAUUUAUGGAUUUUACGAUGAGUGCAAACGACGUUAUACCAUUAAACUAUGGAAAACAUUUACAGAUUGCUUUAAUUGUCUACCAGUAGCAGCCAUAGUGGACGAAAAAAUUUUCUGCUGCCAUGGUGGUUUAAGUCCUGAUCUAACAACGAUGGAACAGAUACGUCGUAUUAUGCGUCCGACAGACGUGCCCGAUCAGGGCUUAUUAUGUGAUCUGUUGUGGUCUGAUCCCGAUAAAGAUACCCCGAGUUGGGGCGAAAAUGAUCGUGGGGUUAGUUUUACAUUUGGUGCGGAGGUUGUAGGAAAAUUUUUAGAGAAACAUGAAUUUGAUUUAAUAUGUCGAGCCCAUCAAGUUGUUGAAGACGGCUAUGAAUUCUUUGCUAAACGUCAGUUGGUUACUUUAUUCUCAGCCCCAAAUUAUUGUGGCGAGUUUGAUAAUGCGGGUGCCAUGAUGUCGGUGGACAAUACGCUAAUGUGUUCGUUUCAAAUUUUAAAACCUGCAGAUAAAAGACGUUUCGUUUAUCCUAACUUUGGUAGUUCGGGGCGUCCAUUGACACCGCCUCGCGGUGCCAACAACAAAAACAAAAAGAAAUAAGUGCAAAGUUCCAUCGGGCUGGUUAAACCAAUACCGCCCAAGUGUGUGGUAAUCUAGGCCAAAUAUAUUGUAAUUUUUCAUAAAACCAUCACCCACCCAAAUCAUCUAAUACUGUGUUGUUUUUGUAAAAAAUUACAAAUGUUUGGGCUGAAAAGUUAACGCAUUGAUUAAGAAAAUUUGAAAUUGCUUUUGUUUCGCUUAAGCUGUUCAGGUUUCUUUCUUUAUUUUUAUGUAUGUAUGUUAGUUUUUGUGUAAUUAUAUUACUAUCGCUUUUUUUUUUAAUUUACAAUAAUUGUUAAACUUUAUCUCUGUUUAAGCACAUUUAUUAAGCACACUGUGAAUUUUUAUACUAUUUUCUAUAUCAUAAAUGCAAGAAUACCAACAUGUGAACGAAGAAGGGCAGUAAGUGUAAAUUAUUAAAGAAAAAAAAAAA